CUUCGUGUAAGACAGCCAGCUGGGGCCCGUGGAAGCCGUGCGCAGGCGCAGCCAGUAAAAUACAGCCGAAACACGGUAAUUCAUCGCGUGCAACUCCAUCCGCCAUUCUUUUUCCAUCCCAGUCUGAAGCCGACCAACUGCCGACGAGCACCCAGCUCCUCCCUCCGCCAUCCUUGUUCCCUUGUUGUUAAUUCCCGGAUGGGAGUGUGUGCUUAGCUCACUCUUCGCUCCCCGUCGGUGUCAUGGACAGACACCGCCGUCGUGAUGAGUCUCCCUCCGGUCUAUCAGAUAUUGUCGAGCCGGACGGGCUCCUAGGGACCGGCAUCACGUCUCGCCAUAUCGAGGCCUUCGGGCGCAAAGUCACAUCGACUGCUGGCCAUUUGAUGGGACCGGCCGACUCCUCCAGCGGUGGCCACUACCAUAGUGCCAUGGUCGACAUCCAGCGCGAAUUACGCCAUCCCAACACUCAGCGCAAAGUCUUCUCCCUCACCCAGACCACCCCGACCGACCUGGUUCGCUCCAAGCUCUCUACCACCGAAAUUCAGUCCCGGGCCAUCUCCUCCCUUCCCGACGACCUUCUCGCCAACAUCCCCGACGAUACCAGCUCCUAUUCUCUCUUCCAAGGGUUCCAGGCCUCCCAAGAUGACAUUGAGUAUCGACGCGCCCAUCGCCGACGCUCCUCGAAGAGUAAGAAGCUGCUGAAAGAUGGGGAGACCCGCGGCGCCUUGCCAUCCGCCCCGUCGGAGUUGAAGAAGGAACGGGAUCUGUUGAGCCGCCGGAUGGAACUGAUGGGCGUUCGCAAAAACAUGUGCAGCUCGGAAAUACACGAUAUAGACAACAAGAUUGCCAACCUUCAUAACAUGCGCAAGAUUGUGCUGGACCGGCUGGCGGGCCUGGAGAUGGAGGAGGCGGAGCUGGAACAUGAGCUGACUGAGGUUGAGAACAAACUGGAGGAUCUACAAGAAGAGGAAGCCGAGGUGCAGCCUCCGGCAACUCCGAAGUCAUCGGAAGCGAACGACGAUUCGGUUGUCUCAGAAGAUCCGGCCAUGGGUACCUCGUUCAUGUCAGAGUCCAUCUAUCAGAAGAUCCCCUCGCCGAAGAGCGUGAAGCAGCGAUCUAUAAGGAAACGAUCUAUGCCGGUUUUGCACGAACACUUCGCCCCCGGUUCGGAGAUCAAGGAGAUGCAGGCGCAUUCCGACAUCGUUACUGCCAUCGACUUCGACUAUCCGUUUGGCACCAUGAUCAGUGCCGCCUUGGAUGAUACGGUGCGGGUGUGGGAUCUCAACGUCGGUCGCUGCAUGGGUUUCUUGGAGGGACACAAUGCGUCCGUCCGGUGUCUGCAGAUUGAGGACAACAUUGUCGCCACGGGAUCUAUGGACGCUUCCGUCAAGCUCUGGGACUUGAGCCGUGCCCGGUCCACCACUCGCGACAACCGUAUCACCCGGCGCGAGGAAGACGAAGAUUCCGCGCAAGCCGACGACGCCUCGAUGGCGUCUCACUCCACUACCCUGGAAGACUGCUUCACAUACUCGCUGGAUGCGCAUGUCGACGAAAUCACCGCGCUCCACUUCAAAGGGGACACCCUGAUCUCCGGAUCUGCCGACAAGACGUUGCGACAGUGGGAUUUGGUAAAAGGGCGCUGUGUGCAGACGCUGGAUGUCCUGUGGGCAGCAGCGCAGGCAUCUACGCUGGGAGGAGACUCGGCAUGGCGCCCAUCCGGACGCCUGCCGGACGCUUCUGCAGACUUUGUUGGUGCGCUUCAGUGUUUCGAUGCGGCUCUGGCCUGUGGUACGGCGGAUGGUAUGGUGCGUCUGUGGGAUCUCCGCAGCGGCCAGGUCCACCGGAGCCUGGUCGGCCAUACCGGCCCCAUUACAUGCCUACAGUUUGACGAUGUUCACUUGGUGACGGGAAGUCAGGACCGCAGCAUUAGAAUAUGGGAUCUCCGAACCGGAUCUAUCUUCGAUGCAUAUGCUUACGACAAACCCAUUACCAGCAUGAUGUUCGACACCAAGCGCAUUGUUGCAGCGGCCGGCGAGAGCGUUGUCAAGGUAUACGACAAGGCGGAUGGCAACCACUGGGACUGUGGUGCCGGGGUUGGCGCCGACGAAGCCGGGCCGAUGCCGGCCACCGUUGAGCGCGUUCGACUCAAGGACGGCUUCCUUGUCGAGGGCCGCAAGGACGGUAUCGUUGCGGCAUGGACUUGUUGAACGAUGCUAUAUGACCUGCAAGACCCGCCACGUACAUGCUAGCACCAUGUUUUGUAUUUGUGACUGCUUGCCUCAGCGACUGUAUAUUAUUCUUACGUUGGCAAUAUAGAAGGAUGGGCGUCCUGGGUGGGCAGCCGUGUAAAUGGAGCAUUCUUUGUUUAGAUGAAACGGUGCAUAAAAAUAGCGCGAUAUAAAGGAUGGCUGGGCUGUAUGUAUCAUGACCAGCUGGGAUGGCAAAGAAAUGGUCUUAUGAUGAAUGUAUUAUUCGAAUAGUG